AUGGGCCACGCGGCGUUUCAGCUGGUUCGCGCCGUAACCCUAACGGACACCUCUGGCAGCUCUCGCUCUUUUCCCAGUCCACCUAGCAGCACCGCUCUCAGCCGCUUCCUCGGGCCCGCGGCUGCGACGGCGACGGCGAGUUCGAGUCGCAUUCUCUGCUGCACGCAAUGGCGCUCCUCCAUUCUCAUUGGCUGCAGCGACGGCGCGCUCUUAGAGUACCGCCCGGCAGGAGCGGCAGCAUCCGCAGCAGCGGACCAAUCAGCGCCUUCCGCGCCGCGUGUCGCGGCCGGCGGCGGCGGCGGCUAUGUUCUGUUCGCGAAGAAGGACGGUUUCGCGCCGUCCGCCAUUCUGCGACUCGAGAUCGCGCUGCCGACAGCAGCUGCGCCUGAUAGUUCCGCCGCCCCCGCCGCUUCCGCCGUUUCCGCCGCUUCCGCCGCGUCCGGCGCUUCCGGGGCGGCGGGCGUGCUGAUCGCGCCGCCGACAGCUACUGCUGCUGCUGCUGCUGCUCACGCGGGCGUGCUGAUUGCGCUGGCGGACUGCGUGAGGCUGGCGGCGCUGCCGUCCUUGGAGCCGCUGACGUGUCUCCCGCGCACAGCUGGCGCCACGUCACUGGCGUGGGACGCGGAGGGCGGCAUGCUGUGCGUGGCCAUCAAGCGGAGAGUGCUCGUGCUGCGGUUCGACGGCCGCUCAAGCUUCAAGGAGGAGCGCGAGUUCACCUGCCCAGACGCCCCUCGCCUGCUCGCGCUCCCCUCGCCCAACACCCUCUGCGCCGCCACGCCCACCAAGUACCUUCUGCACCACAUUCCACCGCCCGGCACCGCUGGCAGCGGUGGCUCGUGGCGGGACAUGCUGCCGUGCGGGCAGGUGGCGCCUCCCAGCGUGGUGAAGCUGCCACGAGGGGAGAUGCUGGUGGGAAAGGUGGCGCCUCCCAGUGUGGUGAAGCUGCCGUGGGGAGAUGUUAGUCGGCAAGAUCUGAUCGCCAGCAUGUGCCACUUCCUCGCCGCAUCGGUGAGCGCCAUUUGUUUGACCCGUGUUGCUUGCACAUGUCCUUCCACCAUCCCGCCACCUCAACACCUUACUCCUUCUUCCCGCCCCUCCUUUACAGCACCCUCUUUAAUCUUCCAACCCAACAUUCCUUGUUGGUUCGGUGGCGCCUCCCAGUUUUGUGAAGCUGUCCUGUGGGAGAUGCUAGUGGGCAAGGACAGCAUAGGGCUCUUCCUUGACGCCGCUGGUCGCCCCCUUCGCUCCCACGGCAUCAACUGGUCGCGCCCACCCUCCCACGUGGCUGUCAUGCCGCCCUACGCCCUCGCCAAGCUGCCCAACUACAUUGAGGUGCGCUCCCUGCUACCGGGCCAUGCCUUGGUGCAAACCAUCCCCCUGCGGGAGCAAUCAGCGCUCUGGACUCCUCCCACUCUCCCCACCAGUACUGGCGCCGUUGACAGCAGCAGCAGCAGGGCAGCAGGGCGGUCACCCCGGGGUGUGUUUGCAGUGGCGGAGGAGAGUGUGUACAUCGUCGCUCCUGUCUCCCUUGCUGCCCAGAUUGAUCAGCUUGUGAGUGAAGGGCUGUUUGAAGAGGCGCUCUCUCUCUGUGAGGGGCUGGAGGAUGGGGAGGGGGAGGAGGAAGGGGCGCAAGAGGGGGUCGAGGAGGGGAGUGGCCAGCCAAGGAGGCGCAUGGACCUGGUUCGACUACGGUGA